GUUCUAGGUUUCAAGAUGAUAAACGAAAAUUCGCUGUAAAUUCAGCGAAUAUCAAAAUGGCCAAAGGAUGACAACAUACGGCUGUCAGUUAAAGGAGAAAGUUGAUAUUUCAAAGAGAAUCAAGAGAAAAUGUCUCACAUUCAGUAUGUGGAUGAAUUGGUGAAAGAAUAUUUGCUUUUCAGAGGUUUCAGUCAAACCUUGAAAGCUUUUGAUAAUGAUUUAAAGGCUGAGAAAGAGAAAGGCUUCAGGGUUGAUAAAAUUGUUGAUCAGUUAAUGCAGUAUAUAUACAAUUAUGACUUGGCAUCUUUAAGAGAAUUAUGGGGGCAUUUAGACACAAGAAUGUUUUCUCGUUUAGAAAGUCAUUUUACACCUGCUGUAAGAAAGUUGGAGAAUGCUGUUCUAAAAAUGUAUCUGGUAAAUGCAGCAGUGAAUAAUAAACAGGACAGAAUUCAAGAGUUUUUUAUCAAAAUGACACCAGAGCUGCAAGGGCAUUCAGAAUGGAAAGAAUGGUUUGCAUUGCCAUUUGUUAAAAAUCCUGAAGACAAUCCAGCAUACUCUGUACAUUUUAGUAGACAGUGGCAGGAUACUAUGUUAGUGUCUCUGCACAAUUUUCUUGCUACUAUUUUUCAAUGUAUGCCUCUGCCAACAUUACUUACUAUAGAUGAAGAUACAAACAGGUUGAAAAGACUUCAAGAAGAAAAUGAAGCAUUAAAACAACGUUUAAAUGAUUCUGUUAAAAUAGAAAAUGUAAUGGAUGUGAAUCCAGGACCAGCUCCCCAGCAUCCACCACUUAUGGAUGACUUUUAUAUAAUAGCACAAGAAUCCCCUUUAUUAGAAAAUCCUAAAACUUUAAGAAAUCUUAUAAGAAACAUAGGCGGUGGUUCCAGUCCAAUUUUAAACAGAAAGCCUACAAGUGGGAAGAAAGUUGUGGAACCUGAAAUAACAUCGACAAAGCGAACGAAUACAAAAGGGAAAUUAAACUCUAUCAGUAAAUCUGAGUCGGUUAGCAAAAGAAGCAUUAGUUGUGAUUCAAGGCUAUCUAGUUCUAGAAAAAGAGAUUCGUCCAUAGACGCGGUAGCCGAACGCAAAGCUAAAGAUAAAAUUGAUUCCACGUAUAUUCUUCUUAGCCAGGAAGAGUACACAGAGCACAAAACAUCGAUAAUUCAAUGUAAAAGUAAUGCAAGUGGUUCAUACGUUGCUACGGGUGAUGCAGACGGCAUUAUCAAAGUAUGGACUCCAAUACCAUCACCAAAGACUGUUACUACAUUUAUUUCUGCUCCCGCCAACUCGAAUAAAGCUAUAACUGCAUUAGACUGGAUAUCAAAAAACGAGCGUUAUUUUUUACACGGUGAUAACAAUGGUCUAAUUCAAUUACACGAUACUCGCGAUUGCAAAACUUUAUGGGACAUACAACAUGAAAAUUCUCGAAUCAUCACACUGCUAUGUAAUCCAACGGAAUCAACAUUUGUGUGUUCUGUAUCAAAUUCGAACGAAGGAAAGCUACUAUUGUACGACAUAAAAACAAGAAAAUUAGAAAGAACUUUACCAAUGGACCAGAAUGUAACAGCGUUAUGUUCUGCGUUUAAUCAUAACGGACAACUUCUUAUCACGGGGUUAUCUAAUGGAAAUAUUUUAAUACAUGAUCUGAGGCGAAAUGAAAUAAUCGACAACAUAAGUUGUCAUGCCAGUCCGGUUAUAGAUAUAGAAUUAAUUAACGAUUACACGAAUAUAUGUACGCAAAGCGAGGAUGGAAAACUAUGUCAACGAAGUUUGAAUCACUCAGGGAAGAUUUUAUGGGAGACGAAAAUUAAAGUAGAAAAAAAUACCGUUCACGGGAAGUUAUUUACGUUCGACCAAAGUGGUAACUACAUGUUACUUUGUACACAAACUGGAGGAAAUAUUUACAAAAUGCCACCAGGUACUCAAGCGAAAGUGUUAGAAUUAGGUGGACAUAAGGGUACGUUAUGUUGCGACUGGUCUACCGCCAAUCAAUCCGGAACUUGUAUAACCGGUGGUGCCGAAGGAAAAGUACGAGUAUCAACGCUGCUUUCACCAUGAUACAAAAGUAAAAUUAGUAUCUGUGUGAAUUCGUAAAGUACCGUAAUCAUCGUACGAUUAGCUCAAAUUUGUAGAUAUUAAUGCCUAGCAUAUUGAAUGUUAAGAUGAAAUUCCAUAGUCUUAUUACACCGGAAUGAAACCUAAGAACAUUUCAUUUAAAAUAUAAGCUCGAAGAAAAGAUCCAAAUAUUUUAUAAAAAGUACAAUGAAUGCAAACGUAUCACGCGUUAGUGCAAAGUCAAAUGUAUUAUAAAUCUACUUUUAGAAUGAAAUCAGGGACUAUCAAUUGUAAAAUGUACAGAAAGUAAUCCUGUAAUUAUAAAGGGAAGCAUAAAAAUAUAUAAUAAUAUCUAUAAAUGUCAUGUUAUUAAUAGAAUACAUGACUCAAAGUUUUUGUAAAAAGAGUAAGAUGUUAACUUGUGUAGUAGUUGUCAUGUGUGAAAUCGAAUUUUAGAAGUCUAAGAUAAAUCUGUAAGGGUACCAGAACAUGUCAAUAAAGAUUGGUCAAUUUUAAAA